CACCGCCUCCGUCCCAACGCACGCACCUAACCAUGGCCUUCUCGCUCAAGGCCUCCUCCUCCCUCGCCGCUUCCUCGGCGGCGGCGUCCUCCGCCUCAUUCGCCGCCUCCCCGGCGCCGAGGGGUCGCGCCGCGUCAGGGAGGAUCUCGUUCCGCGGGGCCGCGCCCGUGGCCGCCAUCAGGGCGGACGCGUCCGCCACCGCCGCCGCCGUGGCCGGGGACAAGCGCACCAUCUCGGGCACAUUCACCAAGCUCAAGGAGCAGGGCAAGAUCGCGUUCAUUCCGUUCAUCGUUGCUGGUGACCCUGACUUAGCAACCACACUGAAAGCAUUGAAGGUUCUUGAUGCGUGUGGUUCGGAUGUCAUUGAGUUGGGUGUCCCUUAUUCUGACCCGUUAGCCGAUGGCCCUGUUAUCCAGGCUUCCGCUACACGUGCACUAAGAAAAGGCACCACAUUUGAGGAUGUUAUCGCUAUGGUAAAGGAGGUGGUACCUGAUCUGUCCUGCCCUCUAGCCCUUUUCACAUAUUAUAACCCUAUUCUGAAGCGUGGUGUCGCAAACUUCAUGUCUGUUGUAAAAGAAGCUGGUGUACAUGGUCUUGUGGUACCUGAUGUUCCUCUGGAAGAGACGGAUAUUUUGAGAAGUGAGGCUGCCAAGAACAACCUAGAGUUGGUGUUACUGACCACACCAACUACACCAACAGAAAGAAUGGAGAGAAUUACAAAGGCUUCAGAAGGAUUUGUUUAUCUUGUAAGCACUACUGGAGUUACUGGGGCACGUGCAGAUGUAAGUUUUAAGGUGGAAGCUCUUCUUCAGGAAAUCAAGCAGGUUACAGAUAAAGCUGUUGCUGUUGGCUUUGGAGUGUCGACCCCAGAGCAAGUGAAGCAGAUCGCGGGAUGGGGUGCAGAUGGUGUGAUCGUCGGGAGUGCAAUGGUGAGGCAGUUGGGUGAAUCUGGUUCUCCUGAAGAAGGAUUGAAGAAGCUAGAAGAAUUGGCCAAGAACCUAAAGGCCGCAUUUCCAUGAAACAUGCAUUGUCUUGUUUUGCCGGAAAGCACAUGAAUGUCAUUUUUUUGUAGUUCUCUUUUAAAGUGUAGUAUUGCAAAUUCGGCUUAUAGGUUUUGGAGGUUGCUCUUGUGUGCUGAGAAUAAUUGUAUCCUCGUGUUGAAUGCUCAAGUGAAUAAAUGGAGAUUAAUGUUAUAAAUGGUGCAAAAGUUAGUGUCUCU